AUUCAACAAAAAUAUUAAAAAAAAAAAAAAAAAAAAGAGAAGCAUGAGGCCGUCUAAUAAUAUGAUUAAGCACUUUGAUAACCUAGUAUAUCUGGAUGACUACAUAGAUACCAUAGAAGCUGUUCCACUCGACUUGCAAAGAAACUUUACCCUUAUGAAGGAAUUGGAUGGUUAUGCUCAAGAUUUGAUGGAUACAGUGUCAAGAGAUGCCAUUGAACUCAUUGACAAUAUAAAGAACAUGGACCCUAAUGCCCGUUUGGACAAACUGAAACACUUGACCAACAUACUGACAGAAACCUUAAAAAGAGGAGAAGAAAAAGUAGCCUUAGCAAAGUCAACUUACGAUGCCGUAGACCGCCAUUGUAACCGCUUAGAUGCAGAUCUUGUGAAGUUUGAGGAAGACCAAGCAGUGGGAGAUAAUCGAAUAACAUCAUUACCAGGUUUAGAACCUUCGGCACGUACACUUAAAGACGGUGCGGACGUCAGGGAAAGGGCUGCUAAACGAGCAGAAAGAGCUGGUGACCGAAAGGAAGCGAAAGGGGAAAGAAAAAUUACCAAAAAACGGAAGGCAACGAAAGAUAAUGUUAAUAACGGAAAUGGUUCACCGCCUGGGUCGCUUCGUACUCAGACCUUGAAAGAAACAAAGUAUAUAAAAAAUGUCGACAAGGAAAAAACUAAGAAUGGAUAUAACAACUCAAAGAAUAGUAAUGGAAAGCUAAAAACUGUUAUCCCUCCUGAUCUACCCAUUGAUCCAAACGAGCCAUUGUACUGUUACUGUAACCAGGUUUCUUACGGUGAAAUGGUAGCUUGUGAUAAUACCGAGUGCGAGAUUGAAUGGUUUCACUUGGCUUGUGUUGAUCUUAAAACAGUACCAAAAGGAAAAUGGUAUUGUAACAACUGUGUUAUGAAAAUGAAAGGGAGACAAAGAAAGUAAUUGAUUUCUGCUAUAAUACCAUUGAUAAAAAUUAAUCUUUUGUAAUUAAAAGCAUAUUCAUAUCUUCAAAACAAUUGUAAAAUAAAACUGUAGACUGGACGAAUCUACUUCGAAUUUUAAUUUAUUGAUAAUCAGACAAUGCCUUAC